GGUAUCCCACAUGAGUGGCGUUAAAGCACCUCGACGCUGGCUGUCACUUGCCAUGAAACGCACAAGAAGAAGAAGACGCUCUGGCCAUCAGCUGCACAUGCGUAUUGGGACGCCGCUGGUUGUGAGUAGAAAUUAUGGCCGUCGUGAUGCAGACGGAGGACUUUCCUUACUUACCUUCGGGACCGGCGGAGGUAAAUAAGAUGAUAAAGGAGCACGGCGACCUGUUUUCUGACUCCCAGUGUAAAGUCUGCAGUGCUGUCCUAAUUUCUGAGUCUCAGAAGUUGACUCAUUAUCAGAGCAAGAAGCAUGCCAACAAAGUGCGGCGGUAUCUUUCCAUCCAAAAUGAGAAGGAGCCAGCGUUGAAGAAGUUAAAGUCAUCAUCAUCUGACAGUGACUGUAACAAUGGAGACACUGACCGGUCAAAGGUGUGUCAUGUAUGUAACAUGACCUUCUCCUCUCCUGUGGUGGCCGAGUCUCAUUACCAGGGAAAAGUUCACGCCAAGAACCUGAGGCUAAAGACGGUCGGCCUCCAGGCCCCAGUAGCCUCCCAAACAGCACCAACAGCUCAGCCGAAGAAAAAACCCAUAGAGGAUUCGAGCGCUGUGUCGGCAACGGGCGGCAACAACAACAACAACAACAACCCGGACCGUUUCUGCUCCAUCUGCCAGGCGUCCUUCAACAACCCGCUCAUGGCCCAGCAGCACUACGUGGGCAAGAAGCAUAGAAAACAGAUGACCAAGCUCAAACUGAUGGAGACGUACGGCCCCUCCACAGCACCAGCUUCCACACUAAAGGGCUACCCAUGCACCAUCUGCAACAUUGAACUUAACUCUGUGGAGCAGUACCAGUCUCAUAUCAGCGGCGCCAAACAUAAGAACCAAAUGAAGAAAUCAGGCCUCAACACUGCAGAGAACCAACACACGGCAGAACAGUCGUACAAGGGCGACAAACAGUACACCGGCAAAGACAACCAGUAUACAGCCGCAGACGACCAGUACGCACCCGGGGGUGACCAGUACGACACUGGAGAUGACCAGUACACAGCCGGAGAUAAGCAGUACACUCCUGAGGACACGGAGUACUCAGAGGAGUACCAGUAUACUUGAGGCUGGACUGAGAGGGACUGCUGAGGUUUCAGUCAGGACUUGGAAUGACUCACAACAACCAGCCCCUUUAACACAUUAACAAACCAUCAACCUCCAUUGACCUUCAGCUCCUGUCAGAGUCUUUUGUCAGUAGGUUUUGUCCUGGAACAGAGUCAUUGAAAAAAAAAAAAAAACAACAACACAGGUUUGAACUCUGGAAUUCCCCAACGUGGUAUUUUAUCAUUUUGGGCUCCCAGGUGAAACGGUUACAGAAUGUUUUUAUUUUUGUUUUUAUUUAUUUUGUUUUCUCUCCACAUGAAACAAGUUUUAAGUGUGGUGAAAUGAUGGUAAGCAGUUAAACCUUUCAGUGUGUGAAUGUGGGUUCAGCAGUGUUGCAGCUCAGCCUACAAUCCCAAUAAAGAAUGUCUUGGGGGUUCAACUGGCCUCUACUUCCGUUACAGAUUUGUGAACCGACAUAUGACCAUUCUUCAUAUUGAUGUACAUUAGGGCUGGGUAUAAUCUGAAAUGUGUCAGUGCUGGUGCUGAUAAUGCAUAAAUAUCUUAUCAGAGAAUAAAUACAUAAGAGGACAAAUCCGACUUUCAGUCACAUUUUGGCUGGUACCAAAAAUGUACUGAGGUUUGAAACCCAGCCUUAGUUUACAUAUAUACAUCAGAAUAAUAACACAUGAAAGUCUAAAUCCAGUUAUUCAACUUUAUUCCAUUAAAUGCAUCAGCGAGAUACAGUAAGGUUAUUUAAUUGUUCAGCCUCUACUAACAUCUAACUAGUACUAAAAUCUAGCACCAGAGCUACAUGCAACCAAUGACAAUUCAAAGCAAAGCUGCUUUCCAGCUCUAGUUCACCUGAAUAUAGUUGGUUUACAUCUCCAGUGAAUGUAUGUGGAACAUGUCUUCACCUCAUUUCUCUGUUUUCUCCAUGUUUGAUUAUUUUUAAAUCUGGUGUUGAAGACGCAGACAUAGGAAAAGACAUAAAAUCACAAACUUUGGAAGAGCCAGAUCAGCCACUGUAGCCAGUUUUGAUAUUAUCAUUACUGUCUAUACAGAGGAAAAAAGUCUGAGGCUUUCUGUUUUGAUAAAUCUAUUACUAGUAGAAUUUUAUGAGAAGUAGCUUUUUACAGUUUUUCUUUUCUGACUUUUAGUUUUAUUUAAAGCUGAAAUAUCUCCAGAAGUUGUUUCUUGUUGUUUUUCAUUGAAACAUUUGUUUGUUUUGUGUAAAUCCCAGAUGGUUAAGUUAUUGGAUUCUUUUUAAUGUGGUUAUCUGGACAAAGCUGAUACUUCUGUUUAUGUGGCCCAGAGUUUUUUUUUAUUAUUUGCCUAUUUUAAAGUGCAGUAAGUUUUCACUGUUUAAAAAAAUAAACAACCUCAAGUUUGGUAAAACUGAAAGGAUUUUACUGAAGAACUUUUCUAGUCGGUUAAUCUUGUUUUCUUGCUCACUGUAAGACAAAAUGAGUGUAGGUUGCAUAAACCUGAAUAAAGUAUUUUAACAUAGGAAGAAUAACAUGACAUUGGAAAUCUCAUCAGACGCUCAUCAUUAAUUGAUGAAAGAUAUAGAUGUCAACGAAAAAAGGUCACAAACCUGCAAGAACCUCAAGCUGUCAAUCAUCGUCAAUAAGUAUUUUAUAGAGGUUAAUGUCAUUUUUUUUUUUUUUUGUUUUUAGAAGAAAAGAAUAUUUCUUUUCAUUUUUCAGGAUUGUGGACAGUUUCAGUUACAAAAUGGAGAUUAAAGGGAUUAUGAUGAAAAAUAUUAACGCAAUCCUCACAUUUCAAACAUUAAAAUACAAGCGUUUUUGUACUGUUGAGUUACACUCUUUGUUUACUGAAGGGUGAAAGAUUUAUUUAUUUUUUUUUUUGAGUUAUCCAAAAUGGGGCUUUAUAACCUCUGGAGGAGACUGCUUUCUGAGCUCUGCAAUUACUGUCAGUAGCAGAGAUUAUGAUUUUCACUACAGAGAUUUUCAAGAGUGAUGUCAAAUUAGAAAGUGAUGUCAAUAUUAGAGUAACAGAAGCAUUUUUCUAGUCCAUUUGUCCUCAUAAAAGACAACCGGGUGAAUAUUUUAGUAUUGAAUGUCUUCAACUUUCUGGCUAACAAAAAUUGAACUUUUUUUUUUUUUUGGAUGUAAUUUAUACAAAGAGGGCUCAUACAUACUGUAUAGUACAUGGUGUAUAAAAAGACAAAUGGCCUUUUUGUUUUCAUCCUCAUUCUCUGUGUGUUAGAUGUUUUGUGAUCAAGAUUUACUUUCAAUAUAAGUUAUGUAUACAUGAGGGGGGGAAUGCCGUGAAGAUGUGCAUUAAGUAAAGAAAUGUUUUAAGAGA